AUGCUGAAUCAAGGAAAGAAAGUUGAAUUUGUGGCCAACACAACUAAAGUAGGACUUGCUGGUAUUACCACAGCCUUUAUGUCUAAUCUAGUUGAUAAUAACUGGAUAGUUGACACGAGUGGGAAAGAGAUAGGAAUUGGUAAGGAGGAUCAGGGCCUCUACAUACUGAAAGCUAGAUCACAAGGAGGAUUCAGUUCUGAUUCUGCCAGUAAACAUAGCCUGCCUGCUUUAUAUCAUCUAAAAGUAUUUGGAAGCUUAUGUUAUGCCACUAAUGUGAAGAAAACUGACAAGUUCUGUCCUAGAGCAAUUUCUGUUGUUCAUCUGGGGUACUCUAACUUAGUGUCUGAUCAUGUACCUUCUUCCAUUGCUGAGGAAACUUCUUCUUCUCUUGCUUCUUCUGUUGUGUCUUUUCCACCAUAUUCUUCUGUUUCAUCUCCUAGUUCCAGUACUUCUUCAUCAUCAUCUCAGCCAGUGAUUCAGCCAGCUAUGGAGACACUCAAAAGAUCUUCUAGAUCCUAUAAACCACUUGUGUGGAUGCAGGAUUAUGUGGUGCAGUCUAAGCUGCCCUUCUGCUCUUGUCAUAUCUCCUUCUAUGUCUGCUAUGAUCACUUGUCCCCUGCCUAUAAAGCUUCUUUGAAUGCUUACUCAGCAGUACUUGAACCUUCAUCCUACGCUAAAGCCUGCAAGGAUCCCCUCUGGGUUAAUCUUAUGAAGGCUAAAAUAGCAGUACUUGAAGAGAACCAGACUUGGACCAUAGUUGAUUUUCCUCAGGGCAAAACUCCUAUUGAUUGUAAAUGGGUAUUCAAGAUAAAAUACAAAUCAAAAGGAGAAGUGAAAAUAUACAAAGCCAGGCUUGUAGCCAAAGGCUAUAGCCAACAGGAGGGACUGGACUAUACUGAGACAUUCUCUCAUGUGGCCAAAAUAGUUAUAAUGAGGUCUGUAGUAGCUCUGGCAGCAGGUUCUCACUGGUCCAUUUUUCAGAUGGAUGUGCGUAAUGCAUUUCUCCAAGGGGACCUUUCUGAAGAGGUUUUUAUGUAA